AUGGUCUGCCUCGGUCGAGCUGUUGCAAACUUCGAAUUCCCGGUUGAACGGCAACCGGUAGCCGUUGAGGUCGGUUUGGAAGCUUUUCCCUUUGGCGUAUAUCGCGCCCUUUGCGCAUCCUCGAGUCGACACAGGUCGACACCUCUCCACUUCUUUUAUUUUCCCGCCGAUUCACCUCCCAGAUUAUCUGGCAUACCCGCCAUGUUGGUUUCGGGUGUUCGAAUUCAACUACAGCUACACAUGUGUUGGCCUUGCGAUUUGAGUGAUACUAUUCGCUGCGUGGCAGAAACGACAAACGAUUAA